AUGGGCGAUCCGGUAGGACGGGCCCAUGGUGGAUUUGAACCCACGCGAAAUGAGUCGUUGGAGAGUAAGAUGGGCGAUCCGGUAGGACGGGCCCAUGGUGGAUUUGAACCCACGCGAAAUGAGUCGUUGGAGAGUAAGAUGGGCGAUCCGGUAGGACGGGCCCAUGGUGGAUUUGAACCCACGCGAAAUGAGUCGUUGGAGAGUAAGAUGGGCGAUCCGGUAGGACGGGCCCAUGGUGGAUUUGAACCCACGCGAAAUGAGUCGUUGGAGAGUAAGAUGGGCGAUCCGGUAGGACGGGCCCAUGGUGGAUUUGAACCCACGCGAAAUGAGUCGUUGGAGAGUAAGAUGGGCGAUCCGGUAGGACGGGCCCAUGGUGGAUUUGAACCCACGCGAAAUGAGUCGUUGGAGAGUAAGAUGGGCGAUCCGGUAGGACGGGCCCAUGGUGGAUUUGAACCCACGCGAAAUGAGUCGUUGGAGAGUAAGAUGGGCGAUCCGGUAGGACGGGCCCAUGGUGGAUUUGAACCCACGCGAAAUGAGUCGUUGGAGAGUAAGAUGGGCGAUCCGGUAGGACGGGCCCAUGGUGGAUUUGAACCCACGCGAAAUGAGUCGUUGGAGAGUAAGAUGGGCGAUCCGGUAGGACGGGCCCAUGGUGGAUUUGAACCCACGCGAAAUGAGUCGUUGGAGAGUAAGAUGGGCGAUCCGGUAGGACGGGCCCAUGGUGGAUUUGAACCCACGCGAAAUGAGUCGUUGGAGAGUAAGAUGGGCGAUCCGGUAGGACGGGCCCAUGGUGGAUUUGAACCCACGCGAAAUGAGUCGUUGGAGAGUAAGAUGGGCGAUCCGGUAGGACGGGCCCAUGGUGGAUUUGAACCCACGCGAAAUGAGUCGUUGGAGAGUAAGAUGGGCGAUCCGGUAGGACGGGCCCAUGGUGGAUUUGAACCCACGCGAAAUGAGUCGUUGGAGAGUAAGAUGGGCGAUCCGGCCCAUGGUGGAUUUGAACCCACGCGAAAUGAGUCGUUGGAGAGUAAGAUGGGCGAUCCGGUAGGACGGGCCCAUGGUGGAUUUGAACCCACGCGAAAUGAGUCGUUGGAGAGUAAGAUGGGCGAUCCGGUAGGACGGGCCCAUGGUGGAUUUGAACCCACGCGAAAUGAGUCGUUGGAGAGUAAGAUGGGCGAUCCGGUAGGACGGGCCCAUGGUGGAUUUGAACCCACGCGAAAUGAGUCGUUGGAGAGUAAGAUGGGCGAUCCGGCCCAUGGUGGAUUUGAACCCACGCGAAAUGAGUCGUUGGAGAGUAAGAUGGGCGAUCCGGUAGGACGGGCCCAUGGUGGAUUUGAACCCACGCGAAAUGAGUCGUUGGAGAGUAAGAUGGGCGAUCCGGUAGGACGGGCCCAUGGUGGAUUUGAACCCACGCGAAAUGAGUCGUUGGAGAGUAAGAUGGGCGAUCCGGUAGGACGGGCCCAUGGUGGAUUUGAACCCACGCGAAAUGAGUCGUUGGAGAGUAAGAUGGGCGAUCCGGUAGGACGGGCCCAUGGUGGAUUUGAACCCACGCGAAUGAGUCGUUGGAGAGCCCAUGGUGGAUUUGAACCCACGCGAAAUGAGUCGUUGGAGAGUAAGAUGGGCGAUCCGGUAGGACGGGCCCAUGGUGGAUUUGAACCCACGCGAAAUGAGUCGUUGGAGAGUAAGAUGGGCGAUCCGGUAGGACGGGCCCAUGGUGGAUUUGAACCCACGCGAAAUGAGUCGUUGGAGAGUAAGAUGGGCGAUCCGGUAGGACGGGCCCAUGGUGGAUUUGAACCCACGCGAAAUGAGUCGUUGGAGAGUAAGAUGGGCGAUCCGGUAGGACGGGCCCAUGGUGGAUUUGAACCCACGCGAAAUGAGUCGUUGGAGAGUAAGAUGGGCGAUCCCGGUAGGACGGGUAGGUUCACCUGGACGACGCGAGAGGUCGGCGAAGCAGAGUAA